AUGGCAUUCAGUGAUACAGAGGAGGCAUGGAAUUUUUGGGUCACGUAUGGAGGUCGGAUGGGCUUUGAUGUUAGAAAGAAGUAUCACAAUAAAAAUCAAGUAACACAGAAAACUACAUCAGCUAGAUUUGUUUGCUCCAAACAAGGUUUUCGAGGCAAGGAUAAAAGAGAUAAUUUGACUAAGCAUCCUCGAGCUGAGACGAGAAUUGGAUGCAACGUCCGCAUGGGGCUUACACUCAAUCGAGUAAACGAAAAGUAUGAGAUAUCUGAUCUGGAAGUCAUGCACAAUCACAUACUGCAAACGCCAGAAACUUCUCACUUAAUGCCAUCUCAGCGCAAAAUAACUGAAGUGCAAGCCUUUGAAAUUGAAAUGGCAGAUGACACUAGUAUUCAGCCCAGAAUCGCUCAUGAGUUGGCUGCCCGACAUGUUGGUGGGUCAUCUAAUCUUGGCUACACUUGUCUUGAUCAGCAAAAUUAUUUGCGAACUAAACGUCAAAAGGAGUUGAAAUAUGGUGAGGCUGGGAGCUUGUUGAAUUAUUUUAAGAAUAAGGCCAUAGAUAAUCCUUCAUUUCAUUAUGCUGUGAAAUUGGAUAGUGAGGAACAAAUAACAAAUAUCUUUUGGGCAGAGAUGAUUAUAGAUUAUGCUCACUUUGGUGAUGUUGUUACCUUCGAUACAACCUUUGGGACAAAUAAAGAAAGCUGGCCAUUUGGUGUAUUUGUUGGAUUUAACCACUUUAGAGAAACUGUAGUUUUUGGUGCUGCUCUCAUGUAUGAUGAGACUUGUGACUCAUUCUGUUGGCUUUUUGACGCCUUUUUGUCAUGCCACAAUCACAAGCAUCCACAAACUAUUUAUACCGAUCAGGAUGUUGCUAUGGGAAAGGCUAUCACAGAGGUAUUUACAGAAACUCGGCAUGGCUUAUGCACUUUUCACAUAAUGCAAAAUGCAAACAAACAUAUAAAUCGUCAGAAGACUAGUGAUGGCUCUAAUGUCCUUGCUGAUUUUAGUGCUUGCAUGUGUGAACAUGAGGAUGUGGAAAAAUUUGAGGAAGUCUUUGCUGAUAUGAGGACAAAAGUUCGCAAAGGGACAUGGUUGGAUAGUGUUUAUAAGUUGAAAGAGAAGUGGGCUGAAUGCUUUAUGAAGAAUGCAUACACAUUAGGAAUGCGAAGCACUCAAUUGAGCGAGGGACUGAACAGUGAUUUGAAGGAGUAUUUAAAUUGUGAAUUAAACAUUGUACGCUUUUUCCACCACUUUGACAGAGUUGUACAAGGGAAGCGAGAUAAAGAGAUCAAAUCAGAUUUGGCGUCUCAGGCUGCAGAUUUUGAAGAGUGCUUUGCGUUUGUUGAUAAUGCUCUUGAAACCCUUGGACAGCAAGUGGAACAAAUGGUAGAAGUGAAUACAAAUAUUCAGUCGAAUUUAGAGACAGAGUUUGAGAUACCUGAAAAUGUCUCCCAAGCUAUUGGCCUAAAGAAAAAAGAGACCCGGUGUAGCACAUCGAAGCGAAAGAAGAAUUGGGCUAAGAAUGGGAAUGAAGUAGCACAUCCUGAGCCAUUAGAAGAGGACAUAUUGGAGAAUAGUACAAAAGAAUCUCACCAGGAUUUUGAAUUUUUGGGUAGCUAUACCCAGCUACUGGCGGGUGAUUCAGAUGGAUAUGAGUUAUAUUCUGAAGGAUUUCAUCAGUAG